CUCAAUUUCACGAACAUGAUCUUAACGCUCUCACCAAAGUGGUAUACUUGGCUUUGUGGACUGUUCGCUAGUCUGGGCAGUAUCAUCUUUGGAUACGACCUCGGUGUCAUCGCGGGGGUGUUGGCGGCAACGGAUUUUGCUGAUACUAUGGAUUCACGAUUCGGGAAUGAUGGUUUGAAGGGUCUAGUAACCAGUAUCUUCGUGCUGGGGUGCUUCUUCGGAAUGUUCCCUGUCGCGUAUGCCGCAGAUAUUCUGGGACGUCGCAAGACCAUUCUUCUCGGCGGCCUUAUAUACAUUCUUGGCGGGGCCCUUCAAACCUCUGCUGAGAACAUGGAUAUGAUGCUUGCUGGUCGGUUCUUUGCCGGUUUUGGUUCUGGAAUCAUGUCGGAUUUGGCACCAUUAUAUCAGGCAGAGAUUGCUCACCCUAGUAUUCGAGGCCGGCUUACUACUUUACAACAGUUCAUGCUGGGAAUUGGAGCAUUUGUUGCAUCUUGGGUGACCUACGGGACCGCCCAAGGACUUCCCGGUACACAAUCGGAAUGGAGGAUCCCGUUGGGUAUUCAAGUAAGACGGCUUUCGUUCUCUAGUAUUUGUUGCGGGACGACACAAGUACCUGAUGUCAACCUUAUAUAAGCA